AUGCCAUUCGGAAUAACUUAUGAUAUAUCUUGCACUUUAUCCCGCUGGUGUAUUCAUGGGUUCUACAGAGAUAUUAUAACGAUUGGUUAUGAUAAUGUACCAAAAGAAGGUCCAAUUAUUGUUUGUUCUACGCAUUUUAAUAUGAUCGUUGACCCAGCAGUGUUAGCCAAUACAUUUCCUCAUAAACGAAAAUUACAUUUCUGGGCAAAAAAUUCAUUAUUUGCAAACAAGAUCCUUAAUUUAAUUCUAACUAGUGGUGGAGUUGUUCCCGUCGAUAGGAAAACAAAGAAUAAUAAAGCAUUAUUUGCCGCAACUUUCGAGGUCUUGAAACUCGGUGAAAUUGUUGCCUUGUUUCCUGAAGGAACAUCGCAUUCCCAAUCACGGCUGCUAGAAUUUAAGGAUGGUGCUUCUUGGGCUGCCUUGGAAUAUGCUUCUUUCGUGUCUGAUCUCGAGAAAUCAGAUGGUGACCGUGAAGGUGUCGAUAAAAAGAAAUCGAAAGUUCCUGCUAAGGCCAUAAUCAUUCCCGUUGGACUUACAUAUGUUCAAAAAUCAAAAUAUAGGAGUGCGGUCAUAGCCGCAUAUGGUUCACCAAUACAUACAGAACCAUAUCUCGAGGAUUUUGAAGUAGAUAAGCGAGCUACUGUCAAACGAUUGACUAAACAUAUCGAGACCGAAACAGAAAAAUUAACGAUAAAUGCCCAAGAUUGGGAAACUUCCAACGCGGCAACAAUCGCUAGGCAACUUAUAUUUUCAGAUGACAAGCACGUACCACUUGAAGAUUACACAAUUUCCGACGAAAUAUUAUCUUUAACAAACAAUUUAAUUCAAUAUAAGACCUCAUUGGACGAACUUCAUUUAUCCAACACUGAUAUAGCACGCUAUGAAAAUCGUAGCCUUACAAUUCCAUGGGCAUCAUACACGUUCUUAUGUGAAUUGUUAAAAUUUACGGUUCAAUUGCCAUUUUUCUUACCAGGAUUAUGUUUUCAUUGGCCGAUAUAUCUGUUGGGUAAAAUAUCAGCGAAAUAUGAAAUAUAUGAGGAGUCAAGAGCACAAAAUAAAAUCGCAUUGGGAUUCGCAUGGUUACUGAUAGCUUAUUCGGUAUUGUUCUUCUUUAUUUGGGUGACGAUGUUUUUUACUCCUUUGGGAUUUAUUCUGGCUGCCAGUGCUGUAUUCAUUUUCGCUUGGUAUCAUAUUGCACUUGUUGAUAGUCACUAUGACGCAUUCAAGGAACUUAUAUCAUCAUUUAGAUUACUUGCGGCCUUGUAUAGUGGAAAAGGAAGUUUACCUAGAGAUCUAGUUGAAAAUUUGAAAGAAAAAAGAAAUUUGUGUCUUGGAAGUUUAAAGAAAAUUUGUAAAGAGUAUAGAAGUAAAAGCGAAGAUUUAAGAAUAGUAUUAGAACUUAGUGAAAAAACGUAUACUUUUGAAGGAAAAAAAUUAAGAUAA